AUGGAAAAUAACGACGUAAUUGAAGAGAUACCUAAAACAACUUCUGACCAAAUUAACGAUAAUGUAAAUAAGUCGGAAAGUAGUUCCAAAUCAAGGAAGAAAAAGAAGAAACAUAAAAAGUCCACCAUCGAAUCAAAAGCGAAUACAAAUGUAAAUAAAGAUGAUUUAGAUGAAAUAGUAGAAUUCAUAUUAAGGCAAGUAGAUUAUUUAUUUAUCUUUACUUCCCUAGACAAAAACAUUCAUUCUAACGAAAAUCCAACAACUACUAAAACAUGUUCUGUCCCAAAAUGUAAAACAUCAAAAGCUAUUAUGGAUUUCACCUGUCAGUAUUGCAACAUGAAGUAUUGCAUGGCACAUCGGCAUCCUGAGGCGCAUUCACCUAAAUGUGUCGAAAAAGCUAGAAUUGCUGCACAUUCCAACUUUAAACAAGAGUCAAUUCGUGUAAUAUCUCAGGAAAGAAAUAAUCCUGGUUCAACAAAUGCAAAAGGUUUUAGCACUGAUAAAAGUAAAGAAGAAUUAAAGAAGCGUUAUAAAGAAAAAUUAGAUAAAGCGAGACGAAAUGAAAGGGGUGGUUUAUGA